AUGACACUAACUAACAUUGAAUUCCCAAUUAUCAAACUAAAACAAAUUAUUCCUACAUACUUUAAAAUCAAUGACCAAGAUUUUAUCAAAUGCAAUGAUUUUCAUUUAAUCUCUAAAGUAUUAGAGUUAAUGAUCAACCUUGAUCCAGAGGUUAAUUCGCCUAUCGAUACCGAUAAUCUCUUUGAGGUAAAACAAUGUAUUUCAUCAUUCUUCAAACGUUUCAAUCUCAAACACAAAACUCAACUCAGCAUUGAGGAUUAUCAAAGAUAUUCAUUCUUAAACAAAUCAUUACCAAUGAGCGAUUUCUUUUCAGAGUGUACCAAAAAUUGGGCAUUUGAAGUAAAGAUGCAAGUACUGGUACUCAUUCUCCAUGAUCAAUCAAAUACUGAAAGUAAAAGCACCAACUAUAUAAAUUUAUAUUUAUACAUCUCUAAAAAGUUUAAUCUCGAUUGUUUAUUAAGAUUCUUUAUAUUAUUGGUAAAGAAUGAUUUGUUACAAAGCUCUUGUACUAUAGGUGAAUCAAUUUCAAAUAAUCCAUUCAUCAACCAACUUUUUACUUCUGAACAGUUGGAUUUGGUCAUUGAUUCUUUGAUAAAAAUGGAUUCGAAUUUUAGUUUGGCUGAUGAUCCUUCCAAUACAGAACUAUCUACAUCAGAGUUUGGAGAGAUUUUAAUUAACUCAAUCUCCAAAAAUGAAACUUUGGAACAACUUACACUCAUAAGUAUAUAUAGACAACAUGCAAUUCCUAUUCCCUCAAAUCUCUACAAUCAUUUUUUAGAAUUGAUUCCAAUCAUAGGCGACAUUAAAGUCGGGCUAUCAAUUCAACCAAACUAUCAAUCGAUAGUUCACUCAUUGGUUUAUCUUUUUCGAGUAGAAAAGAACCCAACUCUAUUAAAGAUAGUCUUUUAUUCUCUUUUAAAGUUAGAGUCAUUGUCCAAUGAUUUUUGCUUUGAAGUAUUAGAGUCACUUGGUGGUACUGGUUAUGUUCUUAAUACACUCGAACCAUUCAGUCUUGAAUUUGAACAACUUAUUUUGUCAAAUGAGAAAGUAAUGUCAGAUCUUAUUCGUCAUAAACUACCAUUCCUCAUAUCGAGUUCUACAUUACUCUUUAAAGAAAAACAACAAAUGGAUGUUGUCUUUUCUGCAAUCAAAAAGGGAUUAGAGAAGUUCGACUUUAAGAUUAUCGAAUUCCUUCUUCGACUUCAUGUUUCAAGUACCGACCUUUUGGACAUUCUACGUUUUAUUGUUCCAAAAAUUUCAAUGUUAUACAUUUAUGAAUCAAUGGAAUUUCUCUUGGAAAUUGAAAGUAUCGAAAAUGUUUCCAUUUUCAUCGAACUCUUUUUCUAUAAUUUUCUACUUGUUAUUAUUAGGAGUAAUCUAUUCCUUUCUUUGGGAUUUAAAUUAUUUGAAAAGAUUCAAAAUCACAAUCCAAAUAUAAUCCCUAAACUAUUCAAAUUCCCUUACCCCACUGGUUUAAUCGAUUUUGUUAGAUAUCAUUAUUCUUUUUCGUAUAUCAACCGAUUUUUGCCAGAGAAUCAGAUUACUUGCUGCACAACACCAUUACCAAAUUUAAGCACCCUGAUUUGGAAACAAAUCAUCACACCAUUGUUAUUUGACAAGUAUCUUGAUACAAAAUGGAAAGUCGAUCUCUCAAGAGUUUCCAAACAAUUCCACAAUUGUUGUUCUAUUAUUUUUUCUCAUAUUGCCAAUCCAACCAUUAGAAUUUCAAGUAAAAUCAAUGAUAUUGGUUCAACUUUUUGUUUAUUCAAGAGAACACCUCUUCACUUGGCUGGCUCUGAAAUCGAAUAUAUUCCAGAUUCUCACCUAUCUGAUUGUCUAGACAAUCUCGAAUCUUUCACUUUUAAUUCGGGAACAUUAAAAACUAAUGACUUCCCAAAAAAUUUGAAAUCUAUAACUUUUGUGUUCAAAUAUAUUAGUGAAUUAGAGAGUUAUAUAAACAACAGAUCAAAUUUAAGUCGAUUGGAAUCAUUUAAAUUCAAAUCAAUCAACAAGAGCACUACUGAACAUAGUAUUUUUAUGUCACAACUCGUUCAGCUUCGAAAUUCAUAUCCUAAUUUGAAGAUCUCUACAACAUUUGAACAUUCAAAAUUCACCAAUGUAUCGAUCGACCAACUUUCCUUGAUAACCAAAUACAGAUAUGAAAUGUACUACAAUAAUAUACCUCUACAAUUGUCAAACUUGAGAAAGUUGGUCUUACCAGACAAAUACAGAGCUCGACUUAGUGAAGGUGAUCAAUUAUGGAACAUUUUGCAAACAUCACCUUACUUGACUUCGAUUACACUGAACAACACCUGUGAACUUCCCUUCCUUUUUCAAUUUGCUAAGCUUAAUCCCAACUUUUCGGAAUUGAAGAUCAGAUUCUUUGAAUUCACCUUAGAUUAUCCUGUUGACAUUAAUGCUAUAUUCAAAACAUUGAGUCAUCCAUUGCUAAAACAAAUUACUCAUGUUAGAAUCAUUAAUAUCACAAAAGUUAGAGGCAAAAUAACUAAAAUACAAAACAUUAACAAUAGUACAAUUAAUUUUAGACAAUUUCAACCAAAUGCAAACUUUAGUAGAUUCUAUAGAUCUGCUCUUCCAAAUUAA